GAGAAAUGUGUUUUUCCCCCGGGCGACACCGUCAGCAUCCCAGCCAGAAUGUACGGGCGGAAACAAGCGAGCGUUUGCAUCCUCCAAACAAUAUUUGGAUUGUCCAGAACUCAAAGAUCUCAGAGUGCUGAAUGCUGAAUGCCAUUAACACCUUCACUGACAUCGACGCACACCAUUAAGGAGUCUUACUUCACCUGUUACUUUCCCGUCUCCUUGCAAGAGCUAACGUCGCUGAGAAACUCCACCCGCUUGCCCUUUGACCCCUGCUGCUAUGGAGAACCUCAGUGAGCUCCAGAACCCGUUGUUGGACAAAAACAGUAAGCACAUGGUCAACGGUUACGGGGGCGACUUCCCUAAUAACCAGUACCAGGAGAACAUUAUUAACUACUUUGCUGGCGGAGGAGGUGGAGGCGAGGGAGGAGGAAAGGUGAAUAACGGCAACGUAGUGAGCAAUACCAACGGGAAGAUGAAAUCCCAGCAGCUUUUGGACGCCACCUCGCUGCAUCUGGCGGUAGAGGCGUUCUACAGGCCCAACUUCAUCCUGUACAAGGAGGACAGCGGCAGCAUCAAGGCUAAGGAAUACAAAAGCGAGUGCUGUGAGACCACGUUCACAGAGAAGAAGGCCAAGGAGGCGUCCAACACGGCGGGGGCGGACACGCCUGGCACCGAGGAUCCCCAGGCGAAGCUGCUGGAAGAUGGCGAGCACAUCAAGAUCCAAACUGUCUCCUAUGAAGUUGAGGAGGAGGAGUACGUGGAGUACGAGACGGACUGCUCCAGCGACAGUGAGAGCGAGGACAACUUCAUUGUCGUCCCUCCACGAGACCACCUGGGCCUGGCCAUCUUCUCCAUGCUCUGCUGUUUCUGGCCUCUGGGGAUCGCAGCAUUUUACUUCUCACAGGGGACCACCAAGGCGGUGAACAAAGGUGACUUCCCACUGGCCAACAUCGCCUCCAGACGUGCUUUGUUCCUCGCUGCCCUCUCCAUCACUAUAGGCACCGGCGUGUACGUGGGGGUGGUGGUAGCUCUCAUCGCCUACCUUUCUAAACCAGGACACAUAUAGCAGCCGCACCUUCCCUCCGACACACCUCCAGGGAGCCCAGGAAGAGAACAACUCCCCCCCUCAUGGGAACGCCAUCGCUCCUGCAGACUUCGAGGAAAAGUUUUUCGGGGAUGUACAGUUUUUUCCCUCCGCCUUCCUUUCUUCCCAGCUUUCUCUCCCUACAGGCCCUCUGUCAGCCAAGAUUAGCCACAGUGACUGGAGAGAGGUCAAGCUGGAGGGUGAGAAGAGGGGGAAUUGGGGAUGGACAAAGUUUUUUCUUUUUUUGUUUGAGAGGGUUUGAGUAAUGGAAGAGUCCAGUUUGCAUCACAUUGACUCAAACCCCUGUUGGCUUCAUCCUCUUUUGGCUGGUUUUUAACUUCCAAGACCCCGACAGACACAUCGAGGAAGAAAAGACUGGGACGAUAAUGCCACACACUUAAGCAAUUAUUAUAGAGCAGAGGUUGAGGAGAGUUAGAAAUCAAUACAAAAUCACUUUUAAACCAACUCUAUGUUGUCGUUAUUUGAGCUGCAGUUAAAAUCGGAGCUUCUCUGUGGAGUCCCGUCUCCUGUCAUCUCAGUUCACCACCCAGGACUGUCUUUAAUAGACUGUGAGCUGCCCUCAUCGACUGAAAAACACCAAGGCUGCAUUUGUCUCCGGGCGGACUGCCUCGCAGUAGAUGACCACGCUUCUUAAAUCAUGACAAAGGAGGGCUUUUAUUUCCGGAGAAACUUCUGAAAAAAAUACAAAACUUCUGAUCAUAAUUUCAAUCAAAGAAGAAUAAAGCGCUGAGAGAUAAAAAAGAAAAAAGCGAUCAAACGCGAUCAGAGGCUGUUUCUUUCUCAUUGAACAAUACGUACUGGCAUGAAUUACAAGGAUCUGAACGGAGCCUCAGGCCUGUAUUUUACCUCUGAGAAGGUGUCCAUCCAUCAAAGACAUGCCCUGAAAUCUAACAAAAUCUGCUCACGCCAGAUAUGUUUUGCCUACGUACAUGCAGAUUGUUUUUAUGUUUGUCUCUUUGUGUUCCCUGCUGUCUAAAAGGCACCUUGAUUAAUCUCGCUUUAAGGAAUGUUCAUUUAUAGCCUUUGAAGUAAAGCACACAUGCGAGGUGGCCAGAUGGUCCCAAAUUCAGGGGGAAAACGAUGCACAGUGUCUCCCCCGGAAACGCUGCAUCUGCUAACGCAAUGUGAAAUGAAACAUCAGCCGCUCACAAUGGAGCGAGGAAGUUAUAAAUCAGGUAGAUAAUGUCAUUAAAAGGCAGGCCUUACGUAUCCUCCGGUGCUGCGCGUAUAAACAGAGCGUCGCAGUCUGACAGCUUUGAAUUGAGCUGUGAUCAAUUAUUCUUUGCAUGACUCUUGCUAUGUGCCAGCAGUAUACUGCUCCGCAUGAUUGAUUGGAUUUAGAGCUUGUUUUUGUCAGAUCAUAAAAAAAGCUUAAAUUAAAAUUGAUCAGGCUGUGAAGGGGCUCGUAUUUCGUGCAGCGCUUAAACCCACACCCCCCCAGUUCAGCUAUUAAAACAAAGGACAUUUCAUAGUAAUAAAGCAUCGAGACACUUCAGUUUGUUCCUUAGCGAUUUCAAGAAUGGUUGAAACAGACAAAUUCACUGAUCCUCUUUGUAUGAAGGGCUUAUUAAUUACAGAGACUUCACUUUGUGUUUUUAUAUUCCAGAUGUAGUCAGAUGCUAGUUCAAGCCUCAAGAGGUGACAUUAUACACUUAGUUUCCCUGCACAGGUCCUGCAUUAGUCAUACCUGACAUUUAUGGUGCACAAUUAGCUCCCCGUAAUGGCUUGUUCUGAAGGAAUGUGUAGUCUCUGGAGCAUAGCCCUAAAAUAGCACAACCACAUUAAUUUCACUAAUAAGCCACUUUUGGCGUCGCCGGUUGCUGUCAAACCCUGCAAGUAAACAAUCCAUUUACACAUCCUCGGCUCUGUGAACAUUUUAAAAUAACCAUGUAAGUCGGCUCUGCUGUGCUAAUGAAGAGUGAAUAUUGCCCAUAUUCUCCACGAGGGGAAGUUUCCAGUGUGCUUUGCUUGAAUAAAACUGCAGCUCAGACUCCGAGCUUUUCUUUGAAUUUUCUUUUUGGCUGCCUGUGUGUACAAACAUCCAGCGGUGUUUUGAGUAAAGGCAGUCAGACAAGGAUGAGCUGAAUGCCGAAUGAUUUCUAGGUGUUUGUUUUGGGCCCUACGAUUCAGCUCGUUGAGUGUGUGGUCAUCUGAAAAGCUCGUCAAUACCAGGGGUGGAGCAAAGGGGGGGCCUCUGGGGCUCCAGCAGUGAAUCUAUGUGAUUGGGUUAAGAAAUCUAGUUUAAUUGGGCGUAAUAUUUCUAUUCCAGCAUAGUGUAACAAAAACAGGUUUCAAGAUUAGUGAUUCUGCUAGCGCAAAAUUUUACCCUACCAACACUUUCUCACUCCCAACUUGUCAAAUACUGACGCUUGGUCAGUGGCCCUGGGAUGGAGGGUCAAAUUAAAAUGAACUUUUCACAGGAAAUGUACAAUUUCUCCUUUUUAAUGGCAUACAUUCUCCUCUCAAAUUAAACUUAGAACGUAGGUAAACAUUUUGUUUUUUGGUAAACUAUAUUAGGGCGUGUGUCGCGCACUAGUUGGCAUUGUUGGCUUUUUUACAGGAAAUUCAGACAGUUGAGUCGGCAUCAGAGACGGUGAAGCCUUUCAGUGACUGAAAUCACUCUGAUUAGCCGGUCAGACGAGAAACAGAAGUGAAGAAAGGAAACAAAUGAAGGGUGUGAGAUUGAGACAAACUUUUGAGCCGAUGAGCUCUUGAGCAGAAACAGUUUGUAAUCGUUUGUGUUAUUGUUCAUUUGUGAUGGUUAUUAUCAUUUGUUCUUUCAACAUGGGGUUGUGCUAAUGUACUAACUGGCUAACUAGCAUCUUGUAUAUGCUAGUUUGCCGUCGGCUGUAGUCUUUGCAGUGUGUUCAAGUGCAGCUUUUUGGCUGGGUAACAUGUGACGAGAGGUGAUGCAAGAAUUGGCCUUCGCCGCCACUAGUUCUUUGAUGUCGGUUUGGUGUGUCAUGGGCUUCAGGUUUAGGCAACAAGAGUAAGUGAUUUGAUUUGGAAAAAACGUCAUAUUUGGCUUAAAAUAAGUACGUUUGUUACAAAUGUAAUGUAACAUCACUUGACAUACGUCACUAGCAUAGCAUGCUACACAUACUAGCACUCUUAAGACCUUAGCACACUGAGUUCGUUUGUUUCGUCUGAAAUUGUUGCACGUCUAAAAAUAAAUACGACGUUACGAUGAGUCAAUCACGUUUCUGGUACUUCCAAAACUUUAGUCCAUCAUUAAAAUGUUUGGAACAGAUUUGAUUUUCUGCAUUUUUUGCAUCCGUCAGAGCCUUUAGAGACGUUUGACCAAGAAUCUGUGAAGAAAAUGUAGUGGCGGGACACAGCCACAACAAGACAGAGGAACAGGGCGCACAGAAUACUUUCCUUCCUCAGAUAGCUCAGUUUCAACAGGUCAGAUAGUGGUAUUCGGGUGGAUGAUGAUGAAGAGGAGGAGGAUGUGGACUGCACACAGAAUGUGGAGGACAGCUCCGCCCCUUCAUGCAGCUGUGGUGCCAAAUCAAAGACAGGGAGGGAGUGAUGACAGCCAGAUCGGUAACUCCAGGGGAAAGACGCAAGAGAGGAAAUGUGUCUCUUCAUUAUUCACGUAUGGCGAAUUCUUUAACAACGAAUAGAACAAUAAAACGCAGAGGAAUCAGUGUGCAAGGUUUCUGUGCGUAACGAUUUCUUUCAGAUGUCGGAUUAAAAAACACAUCGGUAAAAAAUGGGCUCAGUGCGCAAAGGCCUGGAGUUGAGUGACUUUAUGUUUCAAACCAGACACAAACAGUGGGUUCCUAGGCGAAAGUCCGGAGUUUGUUUGACCCAUCCACCACUAAACGUGCCCAUCCUACGCUGGUGCGUCAGUGUCUGACGCUGAGGGCCACUGACCAAGCGUUGAUAUUUGCAAGUUGGGAGUGAGACCAGAUUACUGUGCCUAUGUUAUGGAGUUUAAAAAUGGUAACAUCCAACAAUGUUUGCCUCUUUUCAUGUGGCAUUUGCUGUGUUUUGGUUUCAGAAUGAUGAAGACAGGUGGAGAAAAAUUGGACACAAAAUAAGCUUUAAAAGAUGAUUUUUUUUUUCUUGGCAGCUAUUAUUUUGUUUUUCCAAAAUGGUCGACAGAAUUUUUGGCAUGGUAUUAUCUCAAAUGGCUUGAAAAUCAGGGCAUAUAGCUGCUGUAAGAGGGAAAGAAAUCUGCCAGGCCUGAGGUUUGGGCUGAGCCCCAAACCUCAGGCUCUGCUCCUGGUCACUACACUGUAUAUGUUUGGCCUUAUAAUCUCCGACCCCCUCUGAUCACACGUCCUACUGGUAACUCACGAGCUACUGAUUUCACGUCAGCAUACGCACACAUCAUGACCAUCACUGUAACUAUACUGAAAGACUCUGUACGUCUGCUGUCAUCUCUUGGAGAACGUUUUAUUGCUGAUAACGAUGAACAUGCUUUGUGUUAUGUAGCGUGUCAUUCAGAUGAUGUGUUUUUAUCUUUGGCAACCUGGUAUUGUGCAAUGUGUCACAACAGUACGUGGGUUUCAGUGCUGUUGUUAAUUCCUUCUCAUUGUGAUGAGUUAAUGUACACAUCCACGCAGCAAAGACUGAAUGCAUUCCUCAAUGCCAGGGUGAUAGUGCUCUCUUUGUGUCGUGCUCUUAAGCCGAAUUAAAGAUGACAUUUUUUUUUUUAUUCUGUUCAUGUUUUGGGGAUUUUGUGUGAAGGCAACAUGUACAUAGUGCAAAUAAAGACAUGUUCAAAUGUAAUGACAAAUAAAUCAGAA